GAAUCCGCCCGCCCGCCUUUUCGCUUUUACGAUUGGUCGGUUUCGACUCGCUCACCCACCUUCCCCUUCUGUUUCGGAGCAUAUUUAAGCGAAGUCAUCUUUGUGCGCCCCAUUUUCUGUUCAAAGUCGUUUGAGAAUAGUCAGUCAUGGCACGUACCAAGCAGACCGCCCGUAAGAGUACUGGAGGUAAAGCCCCCAGGAAACAACUGGCUACUAAGGCCGCUCGUAAGAGCGCCCCAGCCACCGGAGGUGUUAAGAAGCCCCAUCGUUACAGGCCCGGAACUGUUGCUUUGAGAGAAAUCCGUCGUUAUCAAAAAUCCACUGAACUCUUGAUCCGAAAAUUGCCAUUCCAGCGUUUGGUUCGAGAAAUCGCUCAGGACUUCAAAACUGAUCUCCGAUUCCAGAGUUCUGCUGUUAUGGCUCUCCAGGAAGCUAGCGAAGCUUAUUUAGUAGGCUUGUUCGAAGACACUAACUUGUGCGCUAUCCACGCCAAGAGAGUAACUAUCAUGCCUAAGGACAUUCAGCUCGCUAGACGAAUUAGGGGUGAACGAGGCAAGGGUCUUGGAAAGGGGGGUGCCAAAAGGCAUCGUAAAGUUCUUCGUGAUAACAUCCAGGGUAUUACAAAACCCGCAAUCAGGCGUUUAGCUAGACGUGGCGGAGUCAAACGUAUUUCAGGUUUGAUUUACGAAGAGACUCGAGGUGUGCUCAAAGUUUUCUUGGAAAAUGUCAUUCGAGAUGCUGUCACUUACACCGAGCAUGCUAAAAGGAAAACUGUCACUGCUAUGGAUGUUGUGUAUGCACUAAAGAGGCAAGGACGUACCUUGUACGGUUUCGGAGCCUUUGCCUUCUUAGGAGAUUUGGGUUUGGCUACUUUUUUAGCCCCAGCAGUGGCUUUCUUAGCAGCAGCAGGCUUCUUCUUUUUCUCUGCUUUUUCCUUCGGCUUGGCCGUUUUCUUAGCAGGGGCUUUUGCUUUCUUUGGAGAAGCAGCUCCUUCCUUUUUAGGCUUUUUCACGAUUUUCUUUGGCUCCUUGUCAGUCAUGGCACGUACCAAGCAGACCGCCCGUAAGAGUACUGGAGGUAAAGCCCCCAGGAAACAACUGGCUACUAAGGCCGCUCGUAAGAGCGCCCCAGCCACCGGAGGUGUUAAGAAGCCCCAUCGUUACAGGCCCGGAACUGUUGCUUUGAGAGAAAUCCGUCGUUAUCAAAAAUCCACUGAACUCUUGAUCCGAAAAUUGCCAUUCCAGCGUUUGGUUCGAGAAAUCGCUCAGGACUUCAAAACUGAUCUCCGAUUCCAGAGUUCUGCUGUUAUGGCUCUCCAGGAAGCUAGCGAAGCUUAUUUAGUAGGCUUGUUCGAAGACACUAACUUGUGCGCUAUCCACGCCAAGAGAGUAACUAUCAUGCCUAAGGACAUUCAGCUCGCUAGACGAAUUAGGGGUGAACGUGCCUAAGCCAAAAAAAAAAA